UUAAAGGGGCAGUGUAGACCUGUCUUCAAACAAGCAAGAAAUAAAGAGAGAUGUCCCCACAUCUCGGACCAUGGAGCUAUCCCUUGCCUCCACUCUGCAAUGAACUUCAUUCUGCAUGUGACAAGUUUCAUUGUUCUUUGUUCUAUUCGCUGCUCAGUGAACAGAAGGGGGUUAAACCAUGAAGUCAACACAAUACAGGUCAUAAGCUGUGUGGAUGUGGGCCCUGAACAGAAAAAAAAGAGCUGGAGGCAACAGAUAAAGGAUGGUGGGAUUUCUGACGGGAAGCGGGAGAUGGUCUGUCUCCGACUGUAUCAACAAGCUAAUGUUGAAACUCCAACCAAGGAUCGCGUGGGAGGAGAAAGUCAGCAAACUUCACGUGUUGCAGGAGAAGAGGAUCACUGAGACACCUCUGUUUUCGGCUGCAAGAGCAAAUGAUGUGAACGUCAUCAAAAAACUCCUCGAGUCACCAUCGGUGGACCCUUUUGAGAAAGGUGUGAUGGGCGAAACAGCAUUGCACAUUGCUGCAUUGUACGAUAAUUAUGAAUUUGCAAAGGUGCUCCUCGAAGAAGCGCCGGAUCUUGUCAAUGUACCAGCCACCUCUGAGCUGUAUGAAGGGAAAACAGCCCUGCACAUUGCGGUGGCAAAUGAGAAUUUUCCUUUGGUUAAAGAACUGGUAAACCACGGAGCCAAUGUGGCAUCGUCACGUGCAACUGGGAUCUUCUUCAAAAGAAGUGAAAAUAAUUUAGUUUAUUAUGGGGAGCAUGUGUUAUCGUUUGCGGCUUGUGUUGGGAAUAAAGAGAUUGUACAGUUCCUGGUUGAAAACGGAGCAGACAUCAAAGCACAGGAUUAUCUAGGUAACACUGUUCUGCAUCACCUGGCUAUUCUGGCACAAAGUUAUACAGCACAGAUGUAUGAUUUCAUCAUGUCCCUUGAUUCAGAGAAUGGAAAUCCCACUGAAACAAUCACAAAUACUGAUGGACUGACUCCCUUCAAACUGGCUGCUCUUGAAGGAAAUGUGCAGCUCUUUCAACAUUUAAUGAAAAAGAGAGAGCAUCACAUUGAAUGCUUUUUCAAGACUAUCUCUGGCACGUUCUGUGACCUCUCCAGCAUUGACUCUUGGGAUGAUGACCACUCUGUCCUUGAACUGAUCCUGCGCAGUAAUGAAGAUGAGGCCUUGGAGUGUCUGAACAUCCCUGCAAUCAAAACACUGAUUCACUUCAAGUGGAACAAAUAUGGAAAAUAUUAUUUCCGAAUCCUUGCUUCCAUAUACUUUAUUCAUAUCAUCAUAUUUACCUCCUGCUGCAUGUUUCGUCCUCUUAUACCACGGCGGGACAAUGUCACAGACCCAAGAGAUACCCAGAUUUUGGAAGAGGCACCAUUGGAUCUCUGCUAUAUAUCAAAAGAAGAUUAUAUCCGUUUAGCGGGUGAAAUCAUUUCUGUCUUUGGAGCCAUUGUUAUCCUUCUUGUAGAAAUUGUUGACCUCUUACGGUAUGGAACAUCAGGAUAUUUUGGGAAAACUGUUCUUGGAGGCCCAUUCCAUGUUGUAAUCAUCUGCUAUGCAUUACUGGUGUUAUUGAUUUCCAUUCUUCGACUGACGAGUGCCGGUGUGGAGGGGUUCUUCAUGGCCAUUGCCAUUGCUCUGGCUUGGUGCAAUUCCAUGUACUUUGCUCGAGGUUUCAGGAUGCUUGGGCAUUUUGCCAUCCUGCUCCAAAAGAUUAUUUUGGAGAAAUUUUUGACAUUUGUAAUAUUAAUGGUGAUGGUGCUGAUAGCAUUUACCACAGCUUUACAUUUAUCAUUCCAAGAGCUUGAUCCAGCCCAAUGGGUUCGUUUUAAUGGCUAUAAGAAUCUGAUGUUCCUCCUCUUCAUGCUCUAUUUUGGACUCCUCGAUAUCCCACUGAACUAUGAGAAGCACACACCUUUCAUGGUCAAGAUUUUAUAUGUGUCCUACAUUAUGAUGACUUUCCAGUUGAUGGCCAUUCUCUUCAUCUUCUUGAUUGCCCAUACACUCCGGCGGGUGAUGAAGCAAUGUGAUGUACUCUGGCGAGCUCAGAUCACAGCAUCAAUAAUUCAUAUGGAGAGAUGGCUUCCAAAACACUUCUGGUCUCGUGCUGGUACCUGCGGCAUUAAACUUGGACUUGAUAACAACUGGUAUAUCUGGGUGGAAGAUAGCAAUGACUGCAGUGCAAUGAGAAGCUCCUUCAAUCCCAAGUCUGCAAAGGAAAAAGAACAUCCAGAAUCUGGGAAGAAGAUGGAGAAAGAGCAGGACCAUUCACCCCCUGUCAGGGUUGAAGCUGGCUUAAAGCGAAGCAUGGAGGGGCAACUUCUCCACCACCGAUCAAAGCCUCACCUUUUUGAUGGUGUUCAUACUGAGGUCAAAGAAGCUGAACACUCUCUGUAAACGACCAUGGAUACUUUAUAAUUAGUACCAUACACUGCCGGACUUGGAAAGCUUUACUUAGUAGGGACAGAGACAUACAGUCAUAAUGGCUUCUAGGUGGCAAGGACCACUGGUCCUUGGACACUGAUAUGUUUGCUCAGACCAAACUUAGUUUGGUUAGCAGUGACAAGGCUUCUAAAGAUCCUUCUUUGUUUUGCUUGUAUGAAUUCUGCAUAUUUAAUUAAUCUCCUUGCCCAUCAAUUAAACCUUGUUCUCGAUUAUGAAGGUUCCAAUGAUUUAUGAUAUUUAUUGGAGUAAAUGAUACUUUGGGAUCUAAUUGAGGGAUUCAGGUGACUGACAUUGUGAAACCGUUUACGCAGCUUAACGCAAGACUAGAAGUAAUUUAUGGUGUGACGUAAAUGUGGAAUUAUGUUGAUCACAUUUAGAAUAUGGAAUGCCUUAGUAAGAUGAUAUACUGACUGCAUUGAUGUAAAAGAUAUCCACUUGGAAUUCUCAGUGAUUGGAUUACUCAGUAAUGACCUACAUAAAUAUUGAAACAUGUGUCCAACAAUGUGAUAUUUUAAACUA